GUUCUUGAUCUUGAUGAGACCCUUGUGCACGCCUCACUGGAAUUCAUGGAACAGUCUCACUUACAGUUUGAUGUUACUUUCAAAGAACAAGACUACCAUGUUUGGGUUAAAAUUCGACCGCAUUGCCUAGAAUUUCUGGAAAGACUGGCGGAAAAAUUUGAGAUCAUUGUUUUCACUGCCUCGCAAAGUAUUUAUGCAGAUAAAUUGCUUAACCUGAUUGACCCCGAUUCCCGACUAAUCAAGCAUCGUGUUUUUCGAAACUCUUGUCUUUUUGUGAACGAGAAUUAUGUCAAGGAUUUAACGGUUCUAAAUAGAGACUUGUCAAAAAUAGCGAUCGUUGACAAUUCACCACAAGCGUUUGGAUACCAGGUAUUAUCGAAUGGGAUUCCGAUCAAGAGUUGGUUUGGCGACACUUCGGACAGGCAAGAGGUGUGUUUAUUGAAGCUUCUACCCUUCAUCGAAUCGCUGGCAGCAGCCGAUGAUGUACGGCCGCAUAUCGUCAACAGAUUCAAACUUCACGAACGGGUGUCAGCAUUGUAA